AUGGCCACCGAGAUGCAAUCUUUCUACUCCCCGUCGACGUCGACGCACAAUUCCUCCCAUGCGUCGGCAACGGUGGAUGAGCUGAUCAAUAAGUACUCUUCCACCAUGUCUGCCUCCGCAAAUGCCCCCGGGGUCAGCCAAAUCAUGGCCGGGAAUCCUCAUCGAGGUAUUCUGCGACGGGCCGUUGAUCGGGUCCGUCUGGAGUAUUACCGCUACGAGGUGACCUUUGGGCUAUACGUCAUGACGCCGGCCGAGAAGCUAGUGGCCAACACGUUUGUGAUGGUAGUCUUGUCUCUUCUGCUCUGGGCCCUGCUACUCUACUUUCCCUCGCUGCUGUAUCAGAAGCUGAGUCGUCUUGUGUGGCUCCUGACGGGUCAUAGCAGCGCGGAGAUGGGUGCCGCUCUGGGGAUUUUGGAUAACCAUGUCAGCUCUAUAUCGGCAUCCUUUCCGACGGAGCAUGCACGAUCAUAA